UUCUGCGUUUUGUUUAGCUUUUGAUAGAGGUGAAUUUAUUUGCUUGUAGGAACUGUUUGGAGUUCACGGUUCGUCGGGUCAUUUCCCACGUUCUUGCGCUCUGUUUUUUAAAUCUCACAACAUUUUUGCCUCGCAAAACAAACUAACCAGUUGUGGCGGUGUUGCAAAGAGAGGGUUCGGUGUGAGACUUAGAAGGUGUGAAAUAAAGGGAGGUUUGAAGUCCAUUUGAUCCUCAUAAGCUUUGUAUUUCUGUAGUGUCUUCUAUCCUGCAAGAUCCCAAAGGGUUUUGGGUCUGAUUCUAAUCCCACUUACACCAGUGUAAUUCCACUGAUUGCAGCGAAGUCACUCUUGAUUUACACCGAUGUGUAUAUGAGCAGAAUCCUGCCCCUCUAUCUGUAUGAAGGGAUCAGUCACAAGUGAAGUGCAGCCUCUUCUUGGGUGGAAUGUAGUGGCUGUUUAACAAUGCACAGCAACAUCACAUAGCUGUCUGGGUGUUUUGGGCCAGCAGGCUGUAACGACCCAGUUGGAACUGGGUCAGGAGAAGAGAGGAUACACCGCAGUGCAUUGGAAUAUAAUGAUCAUGAGGCAUCAGGGUAUUAAUUCUGCUGCAUCUCAUCCAAAAUAUUAGCACCUGUAAAGAGAGGGGCUUCUCCACCUCUGAGAGCUGUGCUGGGCCUGGGGUCUGUUUGAUAUGUUGUGGGCAGAAGUGUGGUGUCCUGGAGUAGGGAUGCCAACCAGACCAGGUUGCAUGCAUGAGGGAGUUAAAAGAAGCCCACUAGUGGGGCUUGGUGGUGCAGGUUGAGCAAAUUCUGUUUCCCUAAGAGUUGGGAAGGGAUGUGAUUGUGACUCUUCUUGGGGCACGCAGGCCUGUUGGCAGCAGCCUCCAAUGCAGGGAGUCUUUGCCUGUGCCAGCUGGGUGUUAGUUUCCUAACACAACCAGCCUGUCAGCCACUCAGGCGCUCUCCUCUGGGCUGUUUGGGCCCUGCCUUUGCCCUGCAGGUUGACUAUGAAGGCACCCCAGCCUCUAGCCUUCAAAGUGUCCUCCUGUGGUGUCCAGACCCUUAUCACUGGAUACCCCCAGAAAUCUCAGGCUCUCCAUUCCCAAGGGAAGAGUGUACCCCAGUUUAGCAGUUUUACCUUAGCUCACUGCUCCCCUAUCACACACCACUCGUGUUCAGUUAUAGUAAAACAAGAGGACAUUUAUUUAAGAACAAAUAGAGAUUCAAUAGAAACAAGUUUGUGAUGGAAACAAAUGGCUCCAUACAAAACAAAAUCAUGAAAUGUGAAGUAGGGCCUACACUUAUUCAUAGUUACCUUCCCCGUCUAGUCAAGUAGAUUCUCAGCCCAAAGUUCAGGCAUUUGCUGCCCCCAAGGAGCUAGGAUCCCGUCUUUCACAAAGCACCCCCGCUCAUCAAGGUACCUCCUCAGUGAAUGGGUGCAGAGUGUCUCUCUCCACCCUGUGAUAUCCUCAAUCAGUCUUUUGUCCUUAUUCACAGACAGGGCGAUUCCCUCGCUGUCCUGCCAUCCUUUCCACUGCCAAUGCCAAGUGGUUUCAGUGUUUAUACUUUGCUGGUUUUUCAUUGACUUUUCUGGGUUGGUGCAAAGGGGGACAACUGAGCAAUACAGGGUGACAACUUCCUCCCACUUGAAUGGGCCAUCACUGAGACACAUCAUUUCCUGGUGAUUCACUUUCACUCCAAGGCCAUAAGGGCGUGAUUUUCUGUAUAGCUACAUUCUUCCUUAAACGUCCCUCGUACACACAUCUCAUAAUGAUUAUGAGUAUCGAUAAGUUACAAGCUUUCAGUGGAGACCUCACAUGCUACCCUUUGUGGAUAAUAACCAUGAAAGUGGUGUAUUGGGUGUAGUGAGUUUGUAAGGUCUGAGACAGGAGGUGGUUGUAAAGAACAGUGAACCCUUUCCCCAUUGGCACUUGUGUCACAGUGGUGAGGCACAAUGAAGAUGGCUGGACCACCACAUGAUGGUAUGGGGGGGCGAGCUGUAUACUGAAACCUACAAUAAAUAAUUAAAGGAGAAGGUCACAUGACCCUCAUGGCUGUCACAGGGUUCCUCUCUCCUCGGUGUCUGGUUACAUUCAAGGAUCAAAUUCUAGCAUCCUGACUGGUGAAUUAUUAAACCUCCUGGUGGCGUUCUCAUCCCUUCACACUGGACAUGUUUCUUCCUGGUGUCCUGCUGUGCCAGGUAGAGAGUGUCUCAACCCAUCUAGGUCCUUGCAAUUGGAUUCUCAGGAGAGUUUUGAGGACAACUCGUCCUCUCCCCACCAACUUCUCGAUCUCUGGGAACCCCUCACCUCCCUGCAAAAGGCUGGUGAGAUGGAGCAGUCCUACAGAUCCACAAUCUCCAUCUACAAGGUGAGCUGUUACCUCCCUGCCGGCUGUGGAGUGAAAGGGCUGUUCCCAAUUGGCGAGAGACGCAUGGGGUUGGGGGAUCCUUCAUAAAGGAUUUAAAAGCACAAGAGAGACGGAGUGUUCUAGGGGGGAGAUUAAAUUAAGAUUAAUUUAUUUAAUUUGCUUUGAAAAUCUGUGGGCCAUAUCCUCAGCUGGUGUAAAGUGGUGUAGUUCCAAGGCUGUAUGAAUCCUGGUCUGGUGUGAGAACAGAGUGAUGGCCGAAGGGGUGCGUGGUGUAAUUCAGCGCAGAACCCGGCAGUGCUGGGGCUAACCUCUGGGCAUUCUGUUGUAUUAAGGCAGAGCACCUUUCCCAGUGAAUCGCUGCUAUGGGAGAGCGAGAGAGGCUCAUCUGGGGGGGCUGUCCCAGAAAGGGGGGAGGGAGGGAGCCAAGAGGGUAAAGCAGGAAAGAAACAGGCUGAAACUGAGCAGCAUUUUGGCUGAUCUUAGGAAUCCUUUCCGGACAGUGAGGAUCUACUGGACUGUGGAAUGUUCUCCCAGGGAAAUGGUGGAAGCCCCAUUGCUUGGAACCUGUAAAGCUAGACUGAUCAAAGCCCUGGAGAAUACACUGUGGGGAGUCAUUCUGCCUUGGCAAUGGAGGGGUGAAUUACGUGUUACCUAAUAGGAAAGGCCUAUCUCUAACACCUAUAUUCUGGGGGGGGCACCUGUAUUGAAGGUGUCCAGGGGAGGCAUGUGAUAGAAAUUGGCCAGAGAGCUCCCCUGUGUGUGCUCUGCAUGACUGGUGUGAAAAUCUGUGUAUGUCUGAAGAGACACCAAGGAUUAGUGAGUGCUGCUGUGUGUCCAGGCCAAUUACGGUGUCUCUCCGUGAAUGCACAUUGUUACAGGUGUUUUUCUAGUUACAGGUGUACAUCUGCCCGUGCUCAUACAGCAUGAGACCUGCUUAUAAUUGGCAUCUUAUAGUGAAUUUUGGGGGAAGAAAAAAACCUUUUCAACAGCAGAGAGUUCCAGUGAAUGUAGACAAGUGUUAAAACUCUCAGGCGAAUCAAACAUGCCCAGACACUAGUUUCUCUGACCGCAAGUUCAGGGUAGAUUAGUGGCUGUGCAGCUCCUUGUCUGAGUGACCAGACCGAUCUGACUGGUCUCCGAUGUACAGAUCAAAUUAUACAAUGCACCUUUUUGGUAAAGACACUGCCCGGAUCGGAGCUCUUUCUAAAAGAAUCCUGCACACAACCAUGCCCAGCUGGGCUGGAGUGUGCAAUGAGGGCGCUUCCUUUCUGUGCUGGGCUCGUCUCCUUAAUUUUGUGCAGUGCUUAGAUCCCACGUCCGAAUUUCCAGACUGCUGCCCCUGUAUGGUGUGUAAUAAGGGGUGCUGUGCACACUGCCCACCUUCAGUUAAUACAGUAAAUAGACGUACGAGGCUGGGCUAAGACUGCACCAUGCCUUGACUCUAUCAACCUAUGGGGCCCUGAUGCUCAUGACAUGGUUGCCAGGAAGUGAUGCCCACCCCUGAGGGUGGAAAGAAACCUACUAGGUUCUGGGUGCGGGUAGUAGCACUUGGGGAAGUUCAGAGGGAAGGUUGAUCUCCUGAUCACCUCACUCCGAUGUUUACUUUCUGCUGGAAAAGAAGAUGCAAGAACGGGACCUCCCCAGUGAGAAGGGUACCUGAGCCUGAAACCAGAGACUGGUAGGAUGGGUAGGCCGCAGCUCUGUCGGAUGAAUCACAUAAGGGAGGGCACAGGCCUCAUCCCAGGCCCCGGGGUAUGGAGGAGGAUCGCAUUAACCUGUUGUGUUCUUUCACCCCUCUCCCCAACUUGGAUGGAUGAUAGAGCAUCUUGGAGCAGUUUAACCCUGCCCUGGAGAACCUGGUCUACCUAGGCAAUAACUACUUACGUGCUUUCCAUGCACUGUCUGAGGCGGCUGAAGUCUAUUUCAAGGCAAUACAGAAGAUUGGGGAGCAAGCCCUGCAGAGCUCCACCUCGCAAAUGCUGGGUCAAAUUUUGAUGCAGAUGUCUGACACUCACAGGCAUAUGAACUCUGACCUGGAAGUAGUGCUCCUACGUGGAGGUGCAGCCAGGCAGCUCUGCGUGCUGCCCUGUCCGCAAGUGCCGUUCCCAUUGACUGUGGUUCCCAGACAAUGGGAGCUGCAGAGCCGGCGCACAGGAGCUGGAUGGGAGAAAUGCCGCUGCUUCCGGGAGCCGCGUGGAGCCACAGCAGGCUCAGACGUUCCACGGAGACCUGCUGCAGCACAUGGAGAAAAACACCAAGCUGGACAUGCAGUUCAUCAACGACAGCCAUCAGCGGUAUGAACUGGAGUACCGGCACAGGGCUGCCAACCUGGAGAAGUGCAUGUCGGAGCUGUGGAGGAUGGAGAGGACUCGAGACAAAAAUGUCUGGGAAAUGAAGGAGAAAGUGAGGCGCUUGCAAUCGGAAAUGCAGGCAUUUGUGUCUGAGAGCCAGAGGGCUGCAGAGCUGGAGGAGAAGCGUCGCUACCGCUUCCUGGCUGAAAAGCACCAGCUGCUCUCCAGCACCUUCCUCCAGGUCUACAGCAGGGCCUGGGGCAUCAUCCAGAGCAAGGUGCCAAAGUGGAAGGAGCAAUUGGAGGCCAGCCGCAAUCCAAGCAGCAGACACUCCCCGAGCCUGCUCAGUGCCUCCCAUGGCCAGGGGUAUCCGUCAGGCCGCCUGACCCCCAGCCACCUCGACAUGCCUCAGAGGCCUCUGGGAGAUUUUGGCUCAGCCAUGACUGGACGUAAUUCAAGCCCCUUCCUCCAGGAGCCUGCAGAACUUCUUAGACCCUCUCCUCAGCCAGAACCAACCAGGAGAGGCCUGCAGAAGACUUCAUCUGCUGGCUCGCUCUCCGCCAGCCAGCGCUCGCGCUCCAGCUCCUUCGGGGAGCGGGCAGGAGGAGACGCAGGAGGAGACGGCAGCGUGUUGAGAGUCCAGGCAAUCGUGCCCCACUCUGCUGGCGCCAACCGCACCUUGCUAGGGUUCAACUUCGGGGACGUCAUCACGGUGCUGAUCCCAGAGGCGCAGAACGGCUGGCUGUACGGCAAGCUAGAGGGAUCAUCCACGAGCGGCUGGUUCCCAGAAGCUUUCAUAAAGCCCCUGAGGGGAGUAAGAGACCCGGAGGAACCACCCACCAGGUCCUUCCCGCUGCGGAGCAGUCACAGCAUGGAUGGCCUGGAUUGCCCCAGUGUCCCGUCAGCAGGAAAUUACCGACACAAUGCUGCCCUGCCUCAGGCACCAAGCCCUUCUCCAGCCUCACUUGGUGCUGGCAGCCGCCGGAGCAGCUUGGCUAGCGCUGCCGCUUCUUCAGAUUCCAAGAAGUCAGCUGUGCAGGAGCAGCCCCCAGAGCUCUUCCCCCGCGGCACCAACCCGUUUGCCACGGUAAAGCUGCGCCCCACCGUCACCAACGACCGGUCGGCACCCAUCAUCCGGUGAAAGGGGGCCGUGGAGAGCAGCGGAUUCUGGGGGGUUGACAGCAGCACAGGUGGUAGAAACGCAUAGUCCUUUCCCAUUCCUGGGCCACUGUGAUCUCGGGUUGGCGCUAACCUAGUGCACUUUCUCAGGGCGCGCCUCAGUCUUACUCCCUGUGUCUGGCGCACUCCAGCAGUAAAUAGAUUCCCUGGUUUUCUUUGGCGUUCUCUUUGGAUUGACGUGUGUGAUGCUGGUCACGCUGAGUGGAAGGUGUCCCCAGGAUACUGGUGCUGGUAGCAUGGGCAGGGAGUUGCUUAUACCUAAGCACUGGGAGCUGGAGGAGGGCCCAUCUCUCAUUGGUCUGUGCACCUGCACUGCAUGGGGAGAUAUUGACAGGGGAAAAGGAGAACCCUACCCAGCCCCUACUCUCUGUUGUAAAGCCAGUGAUGGUUAUUUGGCCACUGAGCAGAUUCCUGACCUACGUUUGGGGUUAGGUCCCUGCAUGAUGGAUCAGACAGUAACUGCAAGGCAGGGGUCUUCUCCUCUCAGCUCCUCGCCCCAGGGCCUUGGGCAACUGGCCACUGAGUUUCAAAGAGCUUUGAGGGGAGGAUGCCUGCCCGUUCGCAGUGCCUUCUCCUCCACCCUUUUGUUUGGUAGCCCCAGGGUUGGAUUAAGAUGGGAGGGGAAACCCAGCUGCGCAGCCUUGUGUUUGAUUCUGUACAUAAUAACAAUAAUAUAUUUUUAAAAUAAAAUGGAAACACAACUUC